AUGGCCAUUCUUUCAAGUAUCCUUGUUUUUUCCAAGUUACUAUUUUUCUUCUCUCAAAUUUCCUAUGCUACUGACACGAUUUCCCAAUCUCAAUCCCUUCUUGAUGGCAAGACCUUGGUUUCUAAAGAUGAAACCUUUGAGUUGGGUUUCUUCAGUCCUGGUAGUUCCUCAAACCGCUACAUAGGAAUAUGGUUCAAAAACAUUCCAGUUACAACAAUAGUUUGGGUUGCCAACCGUGACAACCCAAUCAAAGACAACUCAAGCAAGUUGAUCAUAAACCAAGAGGGAAACCUCGUACUUCUCAGCCAGAACCAGACCCUUCUUUGGUCAACAAACACAACAACAAAAGCAUCAAGUCCCAUUGUGCAACUCUUAAACACUGGAAAUUUUGUACUCACGGAUGAGAAGAGCAACAACAAUAACAGCCCAAGUUUUUUGUGGCAAAGCUUUGACCAUCCUUGUAAUACAUUAUUACCAGGAAUGAAGAUGGGAUGGAACCUAAAAACAGGUCUUAAUAGACAUCUCACUGCAUGGAAAGAUUGGGAUGAUCCAUCUUCAGGAGAUUUUACUGCAGGUAUAGCACUUAGCAGCAAGACUGAAAUAGUUACGUGGAAGGGUUCUAAGGAGUUCUAUAGGACUGGACCGUGGAAUGGAAAUAGGUCCAGUGGAGUAUUGGGAGUGAUGGAUAAUCCAGUUUAUGAUUACGAAUUUGUCGACAAUGAAGAUGAGGUAUAUUACAUAUUUACUCUGAAGAAUAGUUCUGUGAUUUCUAUUAUUGUUUUGAACCAAACACUUUUACUUCGCCAACGCCUCACAUGGAUUCCUCGAACCAAAACAUGGGCCGUUUACCAAUCCUUGCCAGAAGAUGGUUGUGAUGUUUAUAAUGUUUGUGGUGCAUAUGGAAAUUGUGUCAUUAAUGCGUCACCAAUUUGCCAAUGUUUAGAAGGGUUCAAACCAAAAUCACCUCAACAUUGGAAUGCCAUGGAUUGGACACAAGGGUGUGUGCCUAAUGAACCGUAUAGUUAUGGGGUUGAAAACAAAGAUGGGUUUAGUAGAUUUUCUGGGAUGAAAGUGCCAGAUACUACACAUUCUUGGACUCAUGAAAACAUGACACUUGAGGAUUGCAAGUUACAGUGCUUGAAAAAUUGUUCUUGCACUGCUUACUCAGACGUUUAUCCAGGAGAAGAUAGCGGUUGCUUGAUUUGGUUUGGUGAUCUUCUUGAUUUGAGAGUUUUAGAAAGUGGGCAAGAUCUAUAUGUUCGAAUUGCAACAUCAGAUGCGGAUGCUAAACAUGGACACAGAAAAAAGGUUGGCUUGGCUGUCACAAUCACAGUUUCGUUGAUCCUUGUGAUACUAUUGGCAUUCUAUUACAUUUAUAUGUCCAAAACAAAGAGCAAAGAUGAAACCGAGAAUAUUAUAUUAACAGAAGGGAAAGAUGAUAGCACACAAGAUUUGGAUCUUCCAUUCUUUGAUCUUGCUACAAUAGUUGAUGCCACCGAUAACUUCUCGAUCAAGAAUAAGCUAGGCGAGGGUGGUUUUGGACCAGUAUACAAGGGUAUAUUGCAAGAUGGACAACAAAUUGCAGUCAAAAGGCUUUCAAGGAGUUCUGGGCAAGGAAUAAAAGAAUUUAAGAAUGAAGUUAUAUUGUGUGCCCAACUUCAACACCGCAAUCUUGUUAAAGUUCUUGGUUUUUGCGUUGAAGGAGAAGAGAAAAUGUUAGUCUAUGAAUACAUGCCUAACAAAAGUCUUGAUUCAUUUAUUUACGAUUCAAGUCAAAGCAAACUUUUAGAUUGGCCUAUGCGCUUUCACAUAUUGAAUUCAAUUGCUCGAGGGCUAAUGUAUCUUCAUCAAGAUUCUAGAUUAAGGAUCAUACAUAGAGAUUUGAAAGCAAGUAAUAUUUUGCUAGACAAUGAUAUGAAUGCGAAGAUUUCAGACUUUGGCUUAGCUAGAAUGUGUGGAGCAGAUCAAAUUGAAGGAAAUACAAGUAGAAUUGUUGGGACAUAUGGCUAUAUGGCACCAGAAUACGCCAUUGACGGAUUAUUCUCCAUAAAAUCAGAUGUAUUUAGCUUUGGCAUAUUAUUGCUUGAAAUUGUAAGUGGAAAGAAAAAUAGAGCACUUACCUUGCACGAGCACGAUAAUAAUCUUAUUGGACAGGCAUGGAGACUGUGGAAACAGGAAAUUCCUGAAAAAUUGAUUGAUGCAUAUUUGACAGGCUCGUGUAAUAUAUCUGAAGCUAUUAGAUGCAUUCAUGCUGGUCUUUUAUGUUUGCAACAUCAUCCUGAUGAUAGGCCAAACAUGACAUCGGUGGUUGUAAUGUUAAGCAGUGAAAAUGCUUUACCUCAACCAAAUGAACCAGGUUUCCUGAUUAAGAAGGUCUCAGUUGAAGGGAAACAAUCAUUUGAAAUACUAUCAUCAUCGGUCAAUGAAGUAACUAUUUCACUAAUGAAUGCUCGAUAG